AUGACUUCUCAUAAAAGGCCGCUCACCGUCUCUCCGGAGGAAUCUUACCUUGAUAAUCCCUCGGAUGAAGACUGCAGCGAAUGGGAGAGGAUCACACAGGACCCAGCCAAGCGAGUCGCGUUUGAAAGAGAGUGCAUUGAAGAUGAGCUCACCAAUCAGAGACGAGUAAUUCUAUUGCAAGACAAUCCUAGCAGCAGAAGUCACUGCCGCUUUUGGGACUGCGUUCCUAGGAAGUUAAAUGGAGAGCCUAAUAUCCGGUCUGCAUUUCGUUUCAACGUUAAGGACCUUUCCGGUCGAUACUAUGAACCGAACCAUUACUAUCAUGUGUCAUGCAUGGAGCAAAUAUUUCCCGACCUGAGUGCCUUGAUAGAGCGGGGUGUUCUGCAGAUGGAAGGCGGGGUCGCCCAGCUGACAUCAGCCAGCUGGCAAAUAUCACGCUUUCACAACGCUAUUGAAGAUUGGUUCCGCUAUAAGGGCCGGACCUUCGAAGUGAAAAUAUACGAUCGAUUCAAAAAGGCACAUGCUAAGUGGGAGCGGAAAGCCAGCACAGUGGAGAUCAACCAUCAACUCGAGGCUCAUGAGGGUAGUUCUCAGAAUUGUGAGAAGUGUGGAAAAGUACCGGAUGAACCGCAGAGAAAAGACUACUUUCCUGAAGAGCCUCACAGCAGCCUUCUGAGUGAAGUUCUGGCCUCUGUGAUUGGCGUGGGAAACUUGGAUGGAGUAGGUGGUGAUUCAAAUGCUCGCCGUCUCAAGAAGACUCGGCGCAGCUAG